CAAGAGAAAAUAUGCCCCGCUGUGGCGCCGCGCUUGGAGAUGCUGCGGCCGGUCGUGCUUUGGCGCCUAAGCCCGAGGCUUGGGGGCCCGGCGGUCUCUGCCGGGAGCUGUGGUCGCAGGGAGGUAGCGUCCAGUGUCCCUCCUUCGGGCAGCACCUCGCCCAGAGCCCUAAACAUCUUCGAUAGGGAAUUGAAGAGGAAGCAGAAAAACUGGGCAGCCCGGCAGCCUGAGCCUAGGAAAUUUGACUACCUGAAGGAGGAGGUUGGAAGUCGGAUUGCAGACCGUGUGUAUGACAUAGCCAGAGAUUUCCCUCUUGCGCUGGACGUGGGAUGUGGAAGAGGCUACAUAGCACAACAUUUGAAUAAGGAGACUGUGGGAAAGAUUUUUCAAACAGACAUUGCAGAACAUGCUUUGAAAAAUUCCUUAGAAACAGAUAUUCCUACUGUGAAUAUUUUAGCUGACGAAGAAUUCCUUCCCUUCCAAGAAAACACAUUUGACCUGGUGGUUAGCAGCUUAAGUUUGCACUGGGUGAAUGACCUUCCUAGAGCACUUGAACAGAUUCAUUAUGUCUUAAAACCAGAUGGGGUGUUUGUUGGUGCGAUGUUUGGAGGUGACACGCUCUAUGAACUUCGGUGUUCAUUACAGUUAGCAGAAACAGAAAGGGAAGGAGGAUUUUCCCCACACAUUUCUCCUUUCACUGCUGUCAGUGACCUAGGACAUCUGCUUGGGAGAGCUGGCUUCAAUACUCUGACUGUGGAUACUGAUGAAAUUCAAGUUAACUAUCCUGGAAUGUUUGAAUUGAUGGAAGAUUUAAAAGGUAUGGGUGAGAGCAACUGUUCUUGGAACAGAAAAGCUCUGCUGCACCGAGACACGAUGCUGGCAGCUGCAGCGGUUUACAGAGAAAUGUACAGAAAUGAAGAUGGUUCCAUACCUGCCACAUACCAGAUCUACCACAUGAUAGGAUGGAAAUACCAUGACUCUCAGGCAAGGCCAGCUGAAAGAGGUUCUGCAACUGUGUCAUUUGGAGAGCUAGCAAAACUAAAUGAUGUCGUGUCACAAGGAAAAAAACAAUAAAUAUUAUUUUAUUCAAUUGUAA